AUGUCUCCAUUGUCAACAUUUUCUUCCCUCGACCUUCUGUCUCAUCGGCGGCAAGAUUUCAUAAUUUCUUCUUUCUGUCCGAUUUUUCUUUCGGUUUUCUUUUCGGUGACAUUACCUGCAAUUUUUCUUUUUUUUUUUUCUUUCUUGACUUUUACUGUUCCUUCUUUCUCUCGUUCUUUCUUUCUUUCUUUCUUUUCAUUUCCUAACACUUUCAAAUAUACAUUGGAUUUCCUUUUCUCUUUCUAUAUUUCUGCUUCUUCCUCACCGCUUCCUCAUCACCGGUCUUUUCUUUCUUUCUUUCUUUCUUUCUUUCUUUCUUUCUUUCUUUCUAUCAUUGUCUUGACUUUCUCUUCACCAAAUGAGAUUCCUUCUUUCAUAUUUUUUCUUCCUAUUUUUCUCUUUCUUUCUUUUAAUAUUCUUCUUUGUUUCUUUACAUUUCUCUUGCAAUUUCUUUCUUUUCUUCGUUUGUCUUCCUUUCUUUCUUUCAUUCUUUAUUUAUUCUUUCUUUCAUUUUCUCAAUUACAAUUUAUUUCUUUUUUUUUUUUCUAUUCUUUCUUUCUUUUCUUUUGUUUUUUCUAUUACAAUUUAUUUCUCUUUCAUUUUCCUUUCUUUUAUUUUUUCUUUCUUUCCUUCCAUUCUUUCUUUCUUUCCUUUUCUCUAUUACAAUUUCUUUCUUUCUUUCUUUCUUUCUUUCUUUCUUUCUUUCCUUUUCUCUAUUACAAUUUCUUUCUUUCUUUCUUUCUUUCUUUCUUUCUUUCCUUUUCUCUAUUACAAUUUCUUUCUUUCUUUCUUUCUUUCUUUCUUUUUUUCUUUCCUUUUCUAUUAAAUUUCUUUCUUUCUUUCUUUCUUUUUUUCUUUCUUUCCUUUUUCUCUAUUUUUUUUUUUUUCUUUCUUUCUUUUUUUUCUUUCUUUCUUUCCUUUUCUCUUUAUUACAAUUUCUUUCUUUUUCUUUUUUCUUUCUUUCUUUCUUUCUUUCCUUUUCUCUAUUACAAUUUAUUCAAUUUUCUUUUUUAUUUCUUUGGUUUUCUUUUUUAUCUUUUUCCCUAUUACAAUUUAUUUCGUAAUUCUUUGUUUCCUAGUUGGAUCUAUAAUUUCUCUCUUUGUUUCAUUUUAUAUCUUGCAUUCAUUUUCUCUACUGAAAUUUAUUUAUUUUUCCUUCUUUCUUUCUUUUUUUCUUACUCUCUAUUACAAUUUCUGUCUUUCUUUUUCUUUUGUUUCUCUUUCUUUCUUUUUCCUUUUCUUUCUUUCUUUCUUUCUUUCUUUAUUUCUUUCUUUAUUUGUUUCUUUCUCCUUUUUCUAUUACAAGGUUCUUUUUUUCUUUCUUUCUUCUUUUUCUGUUACAAGGUUCUCUUUUUCUUUCUUUCUUUUUCUCCAUUACAAUUUCUUUCUUUUUUCUUUCUUUUCUUUUCUUUUCUCUAUUACACUUUUUCUUUUUUUCUUUCUUUCUUUCUUUCUUUCUUUCUUUCUUUCUUUCUUUCUUUCUUUCCUUUUAUUUAUUACAAUUUCUUUCUUUUUUCUUUCUGUAUUACUUUUUUUACCUUUUCUUAUUACAUUUUUUCCUUUUUCUUUCUUUCUCUUUUUCUUUUUCUCUAUUACAAUUUCUUUGUUUUUUCUUUCUUUUCUUUUCUCUAUUACAAUUUUUCUUUCUUUCUUUCUUUCUUUUUUUAUUUCUUUAUAUUUUUCUUUCUCUCUCACGUAAUGCUCAGAGAAAUCCAAGGCAACACGACGGAAGACAACGAAAGAGAUAUGAUGCUACACCCUGUAUAUUACCUUUCUUUCUUUUUUCUUUCUUUCUUUCUUUCUUUCUUUCUUUCUUUCUAUCUUUCUUUCUUUCUUUCUUUCUUUCUUUCUUUCUUUGUAUUGACUUCCUUUUCUCCGAUCAAGAUUCAUUCUUUCUGUAUAUAUAUUUUUUCCUUCAACCUGUUUUUACCUUCCUUCCUUCCUUCCUUCCUUCCUUCCUUCCUUCCUUCCUUCCUUACUUCCUUCCUUCCUUCCAUUCUUUCACUUUUCUUUCUUUCUUUCUUUCUUUCAUUUUGUCUCUACGCUUUGCUAAGUUUUCUUUCUUUCUUUCUUUUCUUUCUUUUCUUUCUUUCUUUUCUUUCUUUCUUUCUUUCUUUCUCAAUCAUAUUGUCUCUACUCCGUGGUAAAUUUUCGUUUCUCCUUCCUUCCUUCCUUCCUUCCUUCCUUCCUUCCUUCCUUCCUUCCUUCCUUCCUUUGCUUUUUCCUUUUUCUUUCUUCUUUCCUUCCUUCCUACCUUCCUUCCUUCUUUCCUUUCUUUCUUUCUUUCUUUCUUUCUCUCUUUCUUUCUUUCUGUCUUUCUUUCUUUCUAUCUUUUCUUUUUUUCUCUCCUUCUUUCUUUCUGAGAUUCGUUUCACUAAUCGAGAUUCAUUCUUUCUUUCUUUCUUGAAUUUGUUUUUAUUUCUUUAUAUUUUAGUCUCUUAA